AUGGGUAUAACGAUCAGGCGAGCUACCAUCCAUGACAUUCAAGCCAUGCAGAAUGCCAAUUUGCAUAAUCUUCCUGAAAACUAUCAAUUGAAGUACUAUAUGUACCAUAUCUUAUCCUGGCCUCAAGCCAGUUAUGUUGCCACCACAUACGACGACAUAACACCAGAAGCAGAUUUAUAUGCCGAGGAUGACGGCAAAGCGGAAGCGGAAGUCCCUGAGAUCGUUACAAAAGAUGUAGAAGACCCAAAAGGUGAUACAUCAUACAUAGAUAAAGGAGAGAAGAUUGUUGGAUAUGUGUUGGGAAAAAUGGACGAUGAUCCGGAUGCACAGAAUAGAAAGGCUCAUGGCCAUAUAACUUCAUUGUCAGUGAUGAGAACAUAUAGAAGAAUGGGAUUGGCGGAAAAAUUGAUGCGACAAUCCCUUUAUGCCAUGUGUGAAUGCUAUGGGGCAGAAUCUGUAAUGCUUCAUGUUAGAAAGUCCAAUAGAGCUGCUUUGAAUUUAUAUCUUGCUUUAGAAUUUACCACAUCUUCAGUCGAGCAUUCAUACUAUCAGGAUGGGGAGGAUGCCAAUUGCAUGAAGUUGGAGCUCAAAUUAGAAGACUUGGUACCCUCCAAAUUUCAGAAAGGAGUUGAAGAUGACUUCUCCCAAGAUUUAAUCUAA